GGUUGAAACUACUGUCGAAGCUGUCAAGAGUCUCGGAUAUGUGAGAAACAUGAGCGGUACAGUUCGUCAGAUUAGACUAAGUGAUGAUCCAGAUACUCCGUACUUCCUGCGAGUGGACUGGGCCAUAGACCUGGGUGCUGGUUUCACAUUAGCUCUUACUAAUGGCAGCUCAGCAUGGAUUGGAGAAGUUUCAGAGGAUGAUAUGACAAGGGAAGCCAAUGACAUAGGAGUCCCAAGAGAGAGAUAUGUUGAGGAUCUUCUUCAAGCCCUAACAAAAAGUGGAGGAGGAAGAAGCGAAGACAAGGAGAUGUAUACCUUUGGCCUCUCUCCUGAUCGCCGUUGUCUCUUGUAUGAGAAGACUUGUAAUGAUAUUUCGGUGCACUUGGGCUCUGUGGAGCUCCAGCCAUCUCCAGACCCUCUGGAGCUGACCUGUGAGAUGAUUGGACAGUCCCUAAAGCGCAGCACAGAUCUGGAGACAGAAAACUCACGAUUGUUGGAGCAAAGCUGUAAAUUGAAGCAGGAUCACCAGCGAAUACUCGGACAGCUCAAGCAUCAGGUUCAGAAAAAAGAAGCGUUAGAGAGGGAACUGUACUCACGUUUUGUCAUGGUGCUGAACGAGAAGAAGGCCAAGAUCAGAGGUCUGCAGGAGGCUGUCAAAAGGCUUCGAAACUCGGACAACCAUCCGAGCGACGAGGAGGGUGUACAAAGUGACAAUCUCACAACUCAAGGUGAAGGCACUCCGGACAGAGGAGAGGAGACCAGUCAGAGCAUCCAACCCUCUCUGGAGCCAACUAUCCUCAUUACAGGACGUAAUCUAGUCUGGGAAGGGAUCCCCGUUGACCGGACUUUUUCUGAUGACGAUGAAGAUGAGCAACCGAAACGGAAGCAUAGGUUGCUUCACACCUUGAGCCCACGAUCUUCUGAACAACUUUAAAUUGCAGCCUCCUUUUCAAGAAAUAGAUGGCGCCCGGGACUAUUCACGAACAUUUUAAUGAGCAGGUUUUCUCUGCUUGCUAUCUUGCUAUGUAAGCUAGUUCCAGCCUCACAGCGAUACACACGACCAAAACAGCGACAGCCGGGCAGCAGUGUCCUGGAAGUGUCUCCAGAUUAUGAUGCAAGGGUCUCUCCUAGAUUGUGAAAGUGAAUUCAGAAAGCCAGAGCACGUCACAGCAUCUGGAUUGCUUUAACUGUGACAAUUACCUACCACAUCUCCUAAGAGACUAGUUGCUUUACAGUAAAGGGGUGAAAAGCAGUUACUGAUACAAUCAUUUCCCAAAUUCUCUCCAUUCUGUGUUGCUGUAUAGAUUUUUCCCAGAUGUGUCAGUGGCCAUGCGAUAACAGCCACUUAACACUGUCUGGGACUAUGUCAGGAACUAAAAGUGUUUCUGCUAAUAAGCUGAAGAACUCGGUAGAGAAUCUGGAGCACGACUACGGAAGCAAUUUACAAAGAGUCUCACUUUUCCCUGAGCUUGAAUUUGACUCUGCUGUAGUCAGAUCUCAGCUCAGUGUGAGAGUGAAGAAAAAGGGGGUCAACAUGCUACACCCAGAAAAAAAGGGUGUCACAACCAGGGAACGAUAACUGCUUUCUUAAUGCUUAUUCAUCAUGUCCUGCUGAUGUUUUCCUCCCUCUUUCUAUUAUGAAAACAAACUCGAAACCGUCUCUUUCAUUUUAACUUUCAAAACUAGCAUUUUGCAAAAGAUAAUUUGGCCCUCAAAGUUUUUUUCCCCCUUUUUCACGCAGCCUUUUAUUGUGUAGAUAUUAUGUGGCCCAAACUACCUGAGGGUUGAUUUUCAGGUUAAUGAGGUUAUGUUGUCUUUAAGCUUCUUCACUUGCUCACAUUGUCCUUAACAUCUGCUAUCAGCUUUAGGUUCUUAGGUCAUCGCCGUGCGUUUUCAAUGAGACAGUAAUGAAGUUUUGGAUUAUUUGACCCUUUACAUCUGAAUUCUGGACCUUCUUGCUGCUGCUUUUGAUGAUACCUUUAUGUCUGUUGAAAACCACAGGUGGCCACCGGGAUUAUCCCGCUAUAUGUUCUUGGUGGUUUUAGUAAUCCCCACUGGAAUGUCACACUGUCUGUUUACAUCUCAUCAAUAAAGUAUUCUGAAAGCAAAACAAAGAAGAGUAUCAAAGGUUAAUUUACAGAUGAAUGCAUGACAACGUGCGAUGGACAAUGAGCUUACGCUGAAAAGGAGACAGUGCUGAAUAUUUAAGGGAUUUCCUUUAUUAUAAUGCGUAGUUGUUUGAUUUAAAAUGCUCCAAAGCAAGAUCUCGUUCUGUUUUUGGAAUAAAAGCUGAUAAUUAGUUUUUAAUUUGGUAAAA